GCCUUUUAAGUGCCACCUAAAAACACCAAAUAACCAAAAAAUAAAUUAAAACAAACUUUUUUCUCUCUCCUCCCAUUUCACUCUUUUUUCCCCCCUCUCCACCACCUCCCACCAUCUCUAUACUCUCUUUCCUCCACUCCAUCACCACCUCUUCCUCCCUCCACCCUCUUUCUCUUUCUCUCUCUUCUGUAAAAACUAAAAUCUGGGUAAUAUUUCAGCUGAUUUUUCAAUUUCAUAGCUAUAAAAAAUAUUAUUUCUUUUUAUAGAUCUCCUGCUUUUUUUUUCUUCUUCUUCAUCAAACUACAAGCUCACUAACUCCUCUACCUUUAGUUCUAAGUUUUGAUUCUCAGAACUUGCACUUUUCACUUGUCUGAGAUGGACCGUCGGGGUUGGCCUUGGAAGAAGAAAUCAUCUGAAAAGUCGGCUGCAGAGAAGGUUAUUGCUACCCUAGAUUCUGCUGGACCCUCUCUGGCUUCUGGUGGAUCUCAGACAGAUAAGGGACAGGAUAAAAACAAGAAGUCAAAUUUUGUUCAGAUUUCCAUCGAAUCAUAUACUCAUUUGAGUGGAUUGGAAAAUCAAGUAAAAGCUUAUGAGGAACAAGCAAAAAUAUAUGAAGAGCAAGAAAAAACGUAUGAGGAUCAGGUCAAAACAUUGGAGGAAGAAAUCCUUGAACUAAAUGAGAAGGUCUCAUCAGCUCAGUCGGAGAUAACUACCAAGGAAGAGCUUGUCAAACAACAUGCAAAGGUGGCCGAGGAAGCAGUCUCAGGUUGGGAAAAGGCUGAGGCAGAAGCUUUGUCUUUAAAAGAUCAUCUAGAAACUGUGACUCUGGCAAAACUAACUGCUGAGGAUAGGGCUGCACACUUGGAUGGUGCUCUAAAAGAAUGCAUGAGGCAGAUAAGAAAUUUGAAGGAAGAAAAUGAACAAAAACUCCAAGAAGUUGCGCUAACCAAGAACAAGCAGUAUGACAGAAUGAAACAUGAGCUGGAAACAAAAAUUGCUAGCUUGGACCAAGAUCUUAUGAGAGCUGAAGCUGAGAGUGCUGCUCUUUCCAGGUCAUUGCAGGAGCGUUCUAACAUGCUUAUUAAAGUCAGUGAAGAAAAGUCAAAAGCUGAGGCAGAUAUUGAGCUCUUGAGAAGCAAUGUUGAAUCUUGUGAGAGGGAAAUAAAUUCCUUGAAAUAUGAAGUCCAUAUUGUUUCUAAGGAGCUAGAAAUUCGUAAUGAGGAAAGGAAUAUGAGUGUUAAGUCUGCAGAAGCAGCCAACAAGCAGCAAGUGGAAAGCGUAAAGAAAAUCGCGAAACUAGAAGCAGAGUGCCAAAGAUUGCGAGGUCUUGUAAGGAAGAAGCUUCCUGGUCCUGCUGCUUUGGCUCAAAUGAAGCUAGAAGUGGAAAGCCUGGGUAGAGAUCAUGGAGACACUCGUCUGAGAAGGUCUCCUGCCAGGCCUGCUAGCCCCCAGUUUUCACCAAAUUCCCACAUGUCACCAGUGCCUGAAUUUUCCCUUGAUGGUGCCCAGAAAUUCCAAAAGGAAAAUGAAUACCUUACAGAGCGCCUUUUGGCUAUGGAAGAAGAAACAAAGAUGCUAAAAGAAGCAUUGGCGAAACGUAACAGUGAACUGCAAACCUCUAGGAGCAUUUGUGCUAAGUCUGCUAGUAAACUGCAAAGCCUGGAAGCACAAGUACAAAUGCUGAAUCAACAGAAGGGUUUUCCAAAAUCUGAUAUUCAAGUUCAAGCUGAGCGGUCGUUUAGUCAGCAUGCUAGCAAUCCUCCAAGUAUUACAUCCUUUUCUGAAGAUGGAAAUGAUGAUACAGUAAGCUGUGCUGAGUCAUGGGCUUCCGCAUUGAUCUCCGAGCUAUCUCAUUUUAAGGAUAAGAACAAGGACAAACCUUUGAAAGCUGAAAAUGGGAAACAUUUGGAGCUUAUGGAUGACUUUGAGGAAAUGGAGAAACUGGCUCGUUUAUCUGAUGACUCGAAUGGUGCCAUAUCUGCUACAGACAGCUCAGCCAAUAAGGCUGUAAUAGCAAACAGUAUCAUGGCUAGCAAUGGCAUGGAUACUCUAUCCAAAACAGUGCCUGACACAGAUUCACCAGCCAAGUCUUCGGCUUCAGGAGAGUUAGUAUCAGAUACCAAACUUGAGACGGAAUCAUUGCCAUUGGUGAACUUGCAAUCAAGAAUUUCCAAGGUAUUUGAAUCUGUCUCCAUUGAAUCAGAUGUAGUGAAAAUCUUGGAGGACAUUAAGCAUGCUGUCCAGGAAGUGCAUGAUACUCUUAAUCCACACUCUAUAAAUUGUGUCUUUGAGGAGAAACACUGCUCAGAUGGUGCUGUUGAUCAACAAGCUGUUCCAGGGGAUGUUUUGGCUACUACAGAAAAGGAUAUUUGUUUGUCUGAAAAUGGGAAGCCAGAUGGAAAGAUUGAGAAGAUAAGUGAAGAAUUGGUAGCUGCAAUUUCUCAGAUUCACAAUUUCAUAUUGUUCCUUGGGAAGCAAUAUAGAGGUGUUCAUGUUCUCUCCGACGAUGAUGAUGCACUUGGCCUAAAAGUUGAGCAGUUCUCUGCCUUCUUUAACAGGGUAAUGCGCAAUGAAAUCAGUUUGGAUGAUUUUGUUUUAGCCCUAUCUGAUGUCAUGGCUAAAGCUAGUGAACUUAGCUUUAGUGUCCUGGGGUACAAGAGUAAUGGAGCAGAAGUAAGCAGUCCUGAUUGUAUAGACAAAGUUGCAUUGCCUGAAAAUAAGUUACCUGAAGGAAAGAGUUAUUCUAAUGGUUGUGGACAUGUUUCUGAUUCUUCUUCAAAUCCCGAGGUUCCUCAGGAUGCCAAUGUUAUGUCAGGCUUCGAGUCACAAUCAUGCAAAUAUUCUUUAGAGGAAUUUGAACAGCUGAAAGCUGACAAAGUUAACAUGGAGAGGGAAUUUACCCAAUGCUCUCAAGAUCUGGAGACGGCUAAAUCUCAGUUGCAGGAUAUGGAGCAACAACUAGCAGAAGUCAAAUUAGAGCUUGCAUCUUCCCAGAAUAUGAACAGCUUGGCAGAGACUCAGCUGAAAUGCAUGGCGGAGUCUUACAAGAUGCUUGAAAAACGAGCUGAAGAAUUACAGAGUGAAGUCGUUAUCCUGAAGUCGAAAUUGGAAUGUUUAGAUAAUGAACUUGAGGCUGAAAAAGUAGGUCAUCAAGAUGCUCUAAUAAGAUGCAGAGAUCUUGAAGAACAGCUACAAAGGAAUGAAGGAUGCUCUGUGUGCUCGUCUUCAGCAGCUGAUGCAGAUGACAGAACCAAACAGGAAAAGGAUCUGACGGCUGCAGCAGAGAAGCUAGCGGAGUGCCAAGAAACCAUAUUUCUUCUUAGCAAGCAGCUGAAAACCUUCCGCCCUCAGUCAGACUUCAUGGGCUCUCCCAUCAGUGAGAGGAGCCAGAGAGGUGAAGGCCUCAAUGAAGAAGAGCCAACUACAAGUGGGAUGAACCUGCAAGAUCUGGAUCACGUUGAUAUGGAUACUGCCACUUCCACGAAUUUGCAAAGGCUAGGGUCUGCUUCGCCUUCAGAUCUGUACAAUGCGCCAUUUAGUUCAUCAGACAAUGAAGGAAAUCUUCUGAGAUCACCUGUAUCCAAAAAUGCAACACACAGACCUACAAAGUCCGGAUCUUCUACUUCUUCCACUCCCACCCCUGAGAAACAAUCACGUGGCUUUAGCAGGUUCUUUUCAUCAAAGGGGAAGACUGGAAAUUAACCAUGGAGCUUGUGGCAUAACAGUAUACCGUGACAGGACGAAAAACAUAAGUGACCAUAGAUAUAUGAUGGUUUUCCAGGUUAUAUAUUAUCUUUACUCAUUAUAGUUGCCCUGGAUCUUGUGUUCUUUUGAGGUCUUCAAAGUCCUUGUGACUGUCUGAAGUCAAACCUUUAAUGUCAAAUAGGGUUUAGAAAAUCAUACUUGUGAUUUUGUGAAGGUGGCCUUGCCCUUAGAUCUCGGUUUAAUUGGAUGAUCAUAUUGAUGUUAAAUUUUGUAUGAAAUAUGGCUGUAUAUGAUGUUAACACACUUUAAAAUUUUCAGUGAUGUAUUCACUCCCUACUCUCUAAUCAGUUGUAAUGUUUGGUAAGGUUUCAAAGUCUUGAAACUUCUUAAAAGUUGUAUUAGAGAUGUUCGUCUUCGUGUUUUUGUAUGUUUACGUUGUGCAUAAAAAAAUACAGAUGGAAUUAUUAAGUAUUA